ACUGACUCAGUUUCAUCUUCAAACUUUCAAACAGCAUGUAUCAGUAUCCUGGGCUGCUGUGACUGACGUAUUCGGAUUUCUCCGCAGAAAUAAAAAAUAAAAACGCAGGAGCAGAAAAUGGCAGCUGCAGACGUCCUCUACUUCACUUUGUGGAUCGCCACAGUCUUCGCCACCGGACUUGGAUGCCCUGAGCUCUGUACCUGCUCAGAUAAAUACGGCCGCCAUUUUGCUGAAUGCUCCUACAAAGACUUGACUGAAGUACCAGAUGGGUUGCCUCCUAAUGUGACAACUGUGAGUCUCUCCGCAAACAAGAUCAGUUUGAUACCAUUGGGGAGCUUCGACAAUGUCACCCGUGUGACGUCGCUUUGGAUGGCCCACAAUGAGAUUGUCACUAUCGAACAAGGGAGCCUCACGCCUUUAGUUCAUCUGCGUAACUUUGACAUCAGCCACAAUAAAAUUGGAGACUUCCCUUGGGAGGAUCUGCUGAACCUCACAGGCCUGCAACUGUUGAAGAUGAACCACAAUGAGAUGGUCCACCUACCGAGGGACGCCUUCUCCAACCUCAAAGACCUGAGGUCCCUGCGACUCAACAAUAACAAAUUUUUAACCAUAGUUGAAGGGACGUUUGAGGGUUUGAUGUCUCUAUCCCAUUUGCAGAUUUAUAAAAAUCCCUUUGCAUGCACCUGCUCCCUUGACUGGCUCAGAGACUGGAUUUCAACAACCACCGUCACAGUUCCUGAGAAGGAUUUGAUCACUUGUGCAUCUCCAGAGAAACUUAGAGGGAAAGUGAUCGGAAAAUUACCCGAGUCAAAGUGCACAAGCACAAAUGUCACAAUACGAACUGAGCCAACUAUUCACAACACAACUUUCUAUGAGGGCAGUUCAUUGGUCUUGACUUGUGAAUUCACAGGAAAUCCAAAGCCCCUGGUCAUGUGGAAUAUUUGCAGCAAAAGCCAGAAGCAAGAGCUGGCUUUGUCGUUCACUGAGGAUGACUCAGCAGAAUCAAAUGCAGACUCCUCACUGUCCCAUAAUCCUGUCAAAGUCUAUAAUAACGGGACUCUUAUCAUUUCACACCUCAGGAAGGAAGACGGCGGCAACUACAGCUGCUCGGCCACGAAUGAAUUUGGAAGAGCUGAGGAUUCAGUGUCAGUGGAGGUCGUGGCUUUACCAAAACCAACACCUGCAAAACCAAUGACCACAACCACACCUACUUACACUCAAACUCACCAAUCUAUACAACAGAGAACAGACAAACCAUCUGUUUUUGAUUCUGCGCAUCUGACUGAUUUAAAGAGAAAAGACAACAUGAACAUCGUGCCCACUUUCCCGCCCACUGUGGAGAUCAGUUCGCAGUCUUCUGAGGAGGCAACAAGCUAUCCAUCACAUGCUAGUAAAUGUGGCUUGACGGCUAAUACGAGAUACAUUUCCAGACAUGUCUUUAACGGGAGCCUGGAUGACAUCAAGCAGUACACAUUUGACUUUGGUGUCAUUGCGUUAGGGGUGUCAGAAACAGAGGUGACAGUGCGACUCAAUCCUCUUCUCAUACACAGAGACAAGAGCGCCGACCGGCAGAGCUUCCACACUGACAGUGAAGAGAAUCAAGGCCUUUCAGGUGUUUCUGAAAAUGUCCAGUCAAAUGGCUUGUAUCUGUGCGUCACUGCCGACCGCAAACACUCAGCUGUGCAGUGGUCGAGGAUCAAAGAGGGCGUCAACACGUAUCUGUUUAGUGGUUUACGCCCUGGCACCAACUACUCCCUGUGUCUGACCUACAGAGGGGAGGACUGUGACGUCCAGGUGCUGUUCACCACCAGGAGGAGGGUACCCAACCUGCUCAUCAUCAUCUCGGUCAGCAUCUGCCUCCUGACCAUGUCUACUGUGCCUCUCCUCGGAGCAACAUGCUUCCACCUGGUGUACAAAUACCGCAGCAAGACCUACAAGCUGAUCCUGAAGGCCAAAGACCAGUAUCACAUGGAGAGGAACCUCGGCACUAACUUUAACAUCCACGCGUCUCACACCGAAUCUCAGAGGAAGAUUAACGGCAGCCAGCUGGACGAGGAGGAGGGGGAGAUGGAUACAGAGAGUGGAGACGGUGAGAGAGAGGCAGAUACAGAAGAAAGUGUCAUGACUGAGUCCUUUACUUUGUCCCAGUGCAGGGGGAAUUUAGACAACUGUGAGGUAGGAUCUGAGUAUAGUGAUAGGUUGCCUUUAGGAGCGGAAGCUGUGACUAUUAUAAGCAACUACAAAUAUCCAAAUCAGUAAUUGUUGACUAUCUGACAUUAUAUUAUUUGCAGCUUUCUUUUGCAUUUGGUUAAAGGGUAAAACAGGUUUUUUAUUUCAUUUUGUGCCAAUGGUUUAGGAUCCCUUUAGGCAGCCGAGAAAUAUUGCUUUGUUUGACAGUGGUCUGACAAGACUCCAAACACAUUUACUUGCUUUAAACCACAGCUCAGGCUGCAUCAUUCAGUAACCCGACAGGCUGCCAGCUGCCAGGCUCUAUCGAUUGUCAGUGGAUGUUUUCCAGAUAGACCUUUUGGUGAAAGCUGAACUAGGCCAG